AUGACAUGUUGGAAACCGCCAUCCAAUAUUAAGUUGGAUCCGGUCACAAACGACGGGUCAUCGGACGUCAGAUACAACACGGCUUUUGACACCUCCAUGGGCUUACCCACCCGUCCCAAAAGGCACUUCUUAGCCCUCUCCUCCAAGAUUUGCGCCGAUUUCGCUUUAUUCACGUCAACACUAUCCGUACAGUAG